UGCAAAUAUUUUACACUUUCUUGUCCAAUAAUGCAAGCAGUUUUGUUUUACAAUACUAGCUAGUGCCAAAAAAACCAUUGGCUUUAUUUCCCAAUUCUCAAUUCCCAAGGUUAUAAACUUGUGCGCACUUUUCCUAUAUAAGAAAACCAUCCCCACCUAAUUAAUCUCAUCAACAAAGCAAGCAAAUUAUACCAAUUCCCGAGUUCCUUUUCUUUCUCGUAAUUUCCUUUCUAAGCAAAAAGAUUAUAAGAAACCAGAAUGGCUUCAGCAAGAAGAUCAGCUUUGGUUAUGGCAGCAAGCAAUGGAGCAGUUGAGGCCUUGAAAGACCAAUUAGGAGUUUGCAGAUGGAAUUUUGUUUUAAGGUCGCUUCAACAAAAUGCCAAGAGCAAUAUUAUAUCAUUUUCUCAAGCCAAGAACAAUAAAUUUUCUUCUCAAUACUCUUCUUUUGCUGCUGUGUCCAAGUUGAGAGAUGAGACUAAUUUGAAACAGUCUGAGGAGUCUUCGAGAAAAGUCAUGUACUUGAAUUGUUGGGGUUCUUGA